UCGCAGGCUUGAAGGGCUGAGUAAAGGAGUUCUGAGAUGGGAGAUUCUAAAUACCCUGCCUUCAAAUUAGGAGGUUCAAAAUAUAAUCAGGAAACAUUUUCUGGUCGACUGCGGCAUUUCUUUGAUGUAAUUGAUCCUCGAACGUUGUUUACACCGCAAUCGGAAGUAGAAAGAUGUGUUCGAAUGUUGCAACAAUACAGAGAUGGAAAUGAGGAAGGAUGGAAAGACGAAGAACUUUGGAAAGCACAGAAAAUUAAGCAGGCAAUUAUUCAUCCAGAUACUGGAGCAAAGAUACCAAUGCCUUUCAGAAUGUCAGGUUUUGUACCGUUUGGGACUCCUAUAGUUGCUGGAUUGUUACUACCUGGACAGUCAAUGGUUGCUACUGUAUUCUGGCAAUGGUUAAAUCAAAGUCACAAUGCUUGUGUCAAUUAUUGCAAUAGGAAUGCUACAAAGGAAACAUCAAUGAAAGAUUUCCUGCUUGGGUACACAGGAGCAGUUACAAGUGCUGUGUCAAUAGCUCUUGGUCUCAAUGUGUUGGUAAAAAAAUCUACUGGUCUUAGUCCUGCUAAACGAUUGUUAAUUCAAAGAUUCAUUCCUUUCCCUGCUGUUGCCACUGCCAGUGUUUGUAAUGUUCUUCUCAUGAGAAACAGAGAACUCAGUACUGGGAUAGAGGUCACAAAUAAAGAAGGAAAGGUCAUUGGAGUGUCAAAGGUCGCAGCUAAAAAAGCUUUGAUGGAAACUGCAGCAACAAGAGCUGUGUUACCUGCACCUAUAUUAAUCAUUCCACCUGUUGUAAUGUCAUUCAUAGAAAGAAUGAAAUGGUUUCAUCGAUAUCCAAGAUUAAAUCUUCCGAUUCAAGUCUUACUUGUUUCAGUUUCAUUUGGAUUAGCUCUUCCUGUUGCUAUUGCAAUAUUUCCACAAAUGUCACAGGCCAAAGUCAAAGAUUUAGAAGAAGAGAUUCAAGAAAACACUUCAUUGGAAAUUGCCUAUUAUAACAAAGGGCUAUGAUGAAUUGAAAAGAAUAUAAAUUGUAGCAUAAUCGGAUUUGAUUUUACAGCUCAGCGAUUUAUUUUGCUGGCAUUGGUUGCACGUUCAGAUUUUUUGACCUUUUGUAAUA